AUUUCUUUCAUCAAAGUUUCUUAGCCACGUCUCCAGGUUACAUAUCUACUCCAUUACUGUUGUUAUUCCUGUCUGAGUAACAAAGUUGCAUGCUCUUUUUGGUCUCUUCAACCGUUGCAGAGCCUUUCCAGAGCAGACUUUGCUGUUUUCUCCACUCUACCAGAGAGAGGAUGGCCUCCUUUUCUAUGGAAGACUUUGUAGGCAAUGGUGUUCUGAAAGAGCUGCUCCCAAAGUUGUUGGAAGAAGGAUGGGAUGAUGUGCCAACUUUGAAAAUUAUGGACACUGAGGACAUGGAUGAAAUGAACCUGACAAGGAGACAAAAGAAUGCCCUUGAGAUAAGAACGUACCUGCAUGAUCGUGCUCUGAUGAACUAUGGAGACAGACUAGAAGCCUCUGGGAAAGGUUUGCCAGAACUUCUUGCCCUCAGUAACGCCAAUCUGGCAUCACAGUUUGGGAUGAAGAGAGGUCAUAUAGCUCGUUUCUUGGACAAAACCACUGCUUGUACAGAGCCUUUGAACAAAUCAGAAGCCUUACCUAUUAGGAAACCUCCAACACCAUCAAGAAGCGAAAGCCUUAUCAAAAGUUUUGGGUCUACCACCUCAAGAAAGAUGGCUAGCGUAUCAAGAUAUUCUGCAGCCAGUAUGAUGACUUAUGAAAAAUCCACAGAACAGUCGCUGGCUGAUUUCAAGAUCAAAGAUGGGUACGUUUUCAAAGGGGUGAUUGCUGCAGGGCCAGCUGAUCCUCGAGCAUGUGGCUGUAGAGCUGCUCCACCAGUAGUGGACCAGGUUGCUCCUUAUUCUACCAUUGAGAACAUUACUGUUCAGAAGCUGGCUCCGGAGUAUAAGAUUGGGAUGGAGCGCUUGCUGAAAACCAAGGCACCUCCAAUGAAGGCUUCAGAAUUGUGGCGUGACAAACCAGCGGUUAUCCUCUGUAUUAGACGGCCUGGGUGCAUCAUGUGCAGAGCUGAAGCUCAUCAGCUUUAUGCUAGGAAACCCUUAUUUGACGCAUUGGGAGUUCAACUAUAUGCAGUUCUUCACGAGCACAUAGAGUCAGAGGUACAAGACUUCUGGCGACGGUAUUGGGGGGGGGGGGGGGGGGGGGGGGUGUUGUACUUUUUGAUCGAGGUAUGGACUUCUUCAAGGCUCUUGGUGGUGGAAACCUGCUCAAGGACAAGUUCAUAUCAGGAUUUCUCUUCAACCCUCGAGCAAUAGGCAAUAGCUAAUUACAAACGAGCAAAAUCCCUGGGACUGCACCAAAACUUCACUGGCGAAUGUGAGAUCAAAGGUGGACUUUUCAUAGUAGGACGAAAGAGGUCUGGCAUUGCUUACCCGUUUGUUGAGAGGAACUUCGGUGACUGGGCUCCUGUGACAGAAGUAAUUGAGAUCUGUAGAGACUUACAGAACCAGCAGCAAGAGCAAGGAGAGUCAAUCAAAUCUUCACAGGAGUAUGCUUGAGGUGAUCAAUUAUUACAUAUUGAUCAGAGGUCACCAUAUAUUACUGUUGCAUGGGGUUGAACGAUAGCAAUACUUCUAAGCUCUAACGUUUGAGGGUUUAUUGUAUUCAGUUAGCACUGUUGUUUUGAUUAGUUUUGACUAAGGAAGAACCGUUUUCAGACAAUCAACCAGAAAUUUAAGGAUCAGUUUCCUACAAAAACGCCAAAAAAACUAGGACUGGGAUAAUACAACUAUUUUCUCUGACUAGUAUAACUAAAAAAGGUUCAUUUGUCAACAAUUCCUGGCAGCCAAAAUUUUAGACUUUGC